AUGUCAUCCGAAUCAUAUCUUGUCGUAGGAGGCUGUGGGUUCUUGGGAAGACAUAUCGUUGAGCAACUGCUGGAAAGAGGAGAAAGUCAGGUAUCUGUAUUUGAUAUCGUACAAAGGCAUUUCGAUAACAAUGUCACUUUUUACAUUGGUGAUUUGUCGAAACCAGAAGACGUUCAAAAUGCUCUUCACAAGUCCCAAGCGACCGUGGUGAUUCAUACUGCUUCACCUGCACAUGGGAUGGGAAAAGCUAUUUACGAGAAAGUGAAUGUUGAAGGUACACGAACACUUUUAGAGGCAAUCCAACAAUCUGAAUCAACGGUUGGCAAACUGGUAUACACUUCAUCCGGAGGUGUGAUCUAUUCUGGAAAAGAAGAUAUCACCAAUGUAGAUGAAAGGGUUAAUUAUCCAUUGGUACCAUUAGACGCCUACAAUGCUACCAAAGUAGAAGCUGAAAAAAUGGUUUUAGAUGCGAAUGGACAAGGUGGAUUAUUGACUUGUGCGAUCAGACCUGCAGGUAUAUUUGGACCAGGUGAUAGACAAAUGAUAUCAGGAUUUUACGGAGUGAUCAAGAACGGUCAGACGAAAUGGCAAAUUGGUGAUAACACCAAUUUGGGUGAUUUCACGUUUGUCGGAAAUGUUGCAUAUGCACAUUUAUUGGCAGCUGAUAAAUUAGAAAAUAUAUAUCCAUAUUCAAGUUUAAGAGAUCCAAUUCCGUCAAUUGAUAUAUCCUUAGGAAAUCAUAAAAUUCCAACAUCUUCAGCUAGACCCAUAGGACCAAACACGAAUCCCACAAAAGAGGAUUUGGCUAUAGCUAAGAAAUUCAAUGAUCGUCAAAUUGAUGAAGGCGAUAUCAGACCCGUUUUAAGAACUAAAAUGGAUCAAUUCGCAAAUGAAUCUUCAAAGGAUGAACAAGGUGAAGAAGGUGAAGGAAUUCCAAUUGCAGGUCAAGCUUAUUUCAUCACAAAUGGUGAACCGAUAUAUUUCUGGGAUUUCGCAAGAACCAUUUGGAAACAAUUAGGUCAUACGCCCCCUUAUAUGAUUGUUUUGCCCACUUUCUUGGGUCUGCUGUUAGCUACUUUAGCUGAAUUAUUCUCAAAUUUUACCGGUAAAGAACCUGGUUUUACAAGAUUUAGAGUCAGUCAAGCUACGCAACAAAGAUUUUAUGAUAUUGAAAAAGCUAGAAGAUUAUUAGAUUACCAUCCUAUAGUUGGUUUAGAUGAAGGUAUGAAGAAAUGGACAAGUUGGUACGCUACUGAAUUGGAAAAACAAAAACAAGCGGUAGAAUCGGAAAAAACAAAGUAG